CGCCCACUCUACGCCCUCACCAGCUUGCAGGCAGGCCGCUUGUCCUGCCCUUGUCCACACAUACGGACCUCUGCAGCAAGCAGACAGAAUGGCACCUGUUCAAUCAGAUCGCCAGAAGCUCAAGACGUACGGCGAGCGUCUAGCAGAGAGGACGACUGUCUCCGAACGCUCCCUUCUCCAGUCUUGGCUUGUCCUCUCUCCGACAACUCGUCUCAAAUUCUCUCUUGCUGUCUGCGGUUUCGCCGCCGCAGGCCUUGUCCUUGCCGACUACGUUGACCGGAGGUUCCCCGUUGACAAACAAAAAGAACAAUCGUCCACCGGCCAGAAGCCUACAUAGGAUGACAGAUAGCGAAGGAUACAGUGUUGCAGUGUGAGCAGGGAUAACAAUGUGAAUGCAAUCGUGUUGUGCUGGCCAAUCGUUCAUAGGAGAGCUGUGUUCGGGUU